CAGACCACUUGCUCUAAUGCUCUCUGUGGAAGUUGGUAUUGGAAAGUGGUCUCCUUGGGUCAAUGGAAGAUUACCAGUGCAUCUAGCUUCUUUAAAUUGAACACAAUCCAUUGUUUGGGAAUCAGGAAAAGUAAUCUUCCAAAGUCCAGACUGAUCAGGAGGAGAGAAGAAACAAAAGAGAUGGGGAUGAAGACUCCUUUGGUUUCCAAGUUCUUCUUAUUCUGCUUCAUUGGUUUUUCUUCCUUAUUGGUGAAUUCACAAUCAGAUUCCUGCAGUUCUAAUCUCAAUAUUGCUGGUAUUCCCUUUGACACAACUUCUCUCAAUUGCCAAUCUGUGUGGAGUUCCCAAGAUUACAUCCUUAGAUAUGAACAGCAGGGACCCAGCCUAUGGAAUUUCAUUCUCUCGGCUCCUAACACAAACUCAUAUGUUGCAAUUGGGUUCUCUCCUGAUGGAAACAUGGUUGGAUCUAGUUCGAUUGUUGGGUGGGUUCCCAGUGACGGCAAUGCAGUAAUUAAGCAGUACUAUCUAGGAGGGAUGGAUUCAAAUUCUUGCACUCCUGAUUCUGGGGACCUGAAAGUUGCAAAUAUGACCAUUCUAUCUCUGUCAUCUCGUUUAUACCUCUGCUUCCAACUAAACAUUGAUCAACCCAAGUCUAAUCUGAUCUAUGCUGUUGGGCCAGAAAGUAGCUUACCAUCUUCUCCUGACUAUCUCUUGUCACAGCACCAAUCAAAGACCACAGCAUCUUUGAUUUUUGUCUCAGGCAAGAGUACAACAACUUCGAGUACAACGCAAGUCACAGAUUUGAGUCCAGGUGAUGAUACCCAGGACACAGGUGGUUUGGGUACAAGCAAUACCCAAGACACAAGCUCGGGUGCAAGGAAUACUCUUGCGGCUUUAAGCAUUUUGGGAUGGGUCCUUCUUAUGAUCAUUGGAUAAAUGUCUCCAUCUGUCUUUAAUUAUUUUCUCUGUCUAUCUAUUUCUGUUUUGUACUUCAAUGGUUGUUAGUGAAUUGGAAACAGUACAUCUGAAGGGAUCCAAUGUUCUAAUUAUAAUUAUGAUUCAGUUUA